AUGGAUAACAACAAAAAACAAUCCGCCUCAGGCAAGGCGGCGGCCGAUUCCAAGAAGCGCAAGGAAGCCCCAUUGAAUCAGAACCAACAAGGCAAAGAAUCGCGUCCUCCAGCCCGGCCACAAAAACGCGUCAAGUUCCAAGAUGCACGCAACAUUCGCAGCCAGCCUUCCGACGCCGCCCUUGACGAUGGAAAGCUGGAUCUCCAAAAGUUCCUCAAUGCCCGCGAAUUCGAGAUCAAGGCCCUCGAGACGAGCAUGCGAAAAUGCAAGAGCGCCAACGCCACCCGGGUGUUCCAGCAGGUCCCGCGCGAGAUGAGACGGCGGACGGCGAGUCACAACGCUAAGAGAGUUCCCAAGAGGCUGCGCGACAGAGCCAAAAGAGAGAUGAUAGAGGACAACACACCGACCGUCGAAGCGAGGAAACGACGGCCACGUACAACACGCGCCAGGAUACGUGCCGAAAACGCAAAGCGACUCGAGAAACUGGCCGCAAAGAAGAGGAAAAGAGCGUUGCAAAAUGAAGCCGGGGGAGAGAACAAGGACGAGCCCGGAAAGACGACAAUCCAGACGAGAGCCCCGAGACCCAAGAUACGACGUGAUACCCUGAACGAGCCCCCGAAGCCAAAGUCCAAAUUCAAAAAGAGACAGAUCAACAAGACCUGGCUCCCUACCCAUCUAUGGCAUGCCAAACGAGCGACAAUGACCGAGUCAACCAAGCCUCUGUGGCGAUUCGCGAUCCCUUUGACCCCGACGCAAAAAUGCUAUCGACCGACCCACCGAGCUUCUGGACAAAAGGGAACUGUUUUCUGGGAUACAAGUUACAUGAGCACGGUCAGGCUCUAUGGAGCAGCGGGAGGCAUUGAGCAGGUUCUCAAGGCACUAGGGCUGGUUCAGGAGAGUCUAUGGGGCAACCGUGGCAGGAAAUGGAGAAGUGGUACGAGGACAUGGAGCGGUAUGGUGAGCAGACGGCAAAGGAACUCGAGAAGGGACAUCGGGCCUGCUACGAUAUUAUGGAACCCCAUCCCGACCGCCGAGACCGCUGCGCCCGAGUCAAACACUACCGAGCUGAAGAAGACUCAACGACAAAUCUUAAUCAGGACACACCCCUCAUGCUUCCUUGAACUCUUCGACGAGCUGGUUAAGCUCGCAAAGCUGCAGACGCCCCAAGUUCACAUCGAGGACUUGCGUUUCGAAAUCGGUAGCAUCGAGCUUACCGGACCCGGUUCCACAGAGACGUUGCUUGCUGUGCUCCAACCAUAUCAUACCGAGGAGCGCCAUGGGCAGGUUUUCUCCUCUCUAGUUGGGGUAACAAAUCCCGCUUCUCUUCCUAAAAAUGCAGUACUGGGCUUUUCAAUCAAAGACCCGCGAUUGUCGUAUCCUCCCAAGCGGGUCGACACCGCCAGCAAGGUGAGCGAUUCUGCUCUGCUUGAUACUUUGACACAAUGGCCUGUUGAGGAACAGGUGAAGCCAUAUGGGCUCUUCGACCGUGAUGUUCGCUUCAAAGCUUCCAGUCUACCACCACAAAAGUCCAUCAAUCGCCGAAAGGGCGCCAGUAUCCCAGGGCAAGAGAUGCAAGUCACAGCAGCGGACCCUCCUAUACCAGUCAUCGCGUUCGCCUCCAGACCGGCAGCUGGUGGUCAGGCACAGGGGACAUGGACGCUGUUGGCGCCAUGGAAAUGUAUUUUGCCGAUAUGGUACAGCAUUGUCCAUUAUCCCUUAUCCACUGGAGGCAAUCCUCGGCUAGGGGGGUUGAAUGAGCAGCGGCAGAUUGCUUUUGAACAAGGGACUGCCUGGUUUCCUGGGGAUUUUCUUGGGACGAAUGCGGGUGUUGUAUGGGAGAUGGAGCAGCGCGCGCAGCGCAAGAAGGCCUGGGAUCGGCGACCGAAGGGCAGGCGCAUUGAAUGGGCCUCGCUGGAUCUCGGCGCUGGACGAAAGGGCGAGAUUGGAGAUGGCUUAGCGUGCGAUUUUGAGCAUCUAUUCGGUUUGCCCACGGAUCCUUCGCCGAGCUCAUCCGAGGAUCAAUCAACCUCGGAUGUCGAUCCAAAUGCAAUGGACCUUCAGCCUGGGGAAGAGGCUGAAGCUGCAGCCAAGUUGGGGAAGGUCCACAAAAAUACAGUGCCGUCUUUGACGACGAUUGAGCAGAUGAAGAAGACAGAGUUUCAGGCUCUUAUCUCCUCGGUAGAUUCGGGUAGACCUCCCCCACGGUCGAUCAUAUCAGUCAACAUCACAUUUGUAACCAGAGGCGUUGCAAACGCGUGCGCCAGGAUAUAUCGUCUUCCAUCUCGGCCUUCAGCAACGACGACCGUCCCGUCGUCGGAGGCGGAGGUACCCGCUACUGAUCCGGUUGCGGCCGGCAUGGGAUCUCUACCUGCGGAUCUCCGCGAUCAAUGGCUUCAGAAACUCCCCGGCAAUAAAAGCGGCAGCAGGUCUACCAAAGUCACCACAGCACACGCAGCACCACAUAUGCCUCGCGACGUCGGUCAGGGUACCCGGAAACAAUUAAUGGCCAAGUCUCUCCUGUCCGGGGAUCCAUUACCCUACCCUAGGCCUACAGCUAAUCAGACAGACAUUGGCGGUGGCCAUCCGCUGUGCCCCGGCGAGGAGGACUUGAUCGGGUUCGUGACGGCCGGGGCAUACAGCCUUAGCGAGGGCAAGGGUACGGCGGUUGGGGCAAUCUCUGCCGAGAAGGCGUUUGAUACGGUCAAAGAGUCGGGCACGAAAGAGGGAAGGCUCUGUAUUGUGAGAAAUGCCGGGGAGAAUGUGGGCUGGCUGGCUAGGUGGGAGCUGGUGUGAAAACAAAGUGAGAUGUUGAGAUGAGAUGAUACUACAUGAUAAGAGAUGUGGUAUCGAUGAAGAUACCUGUUAAUGGACGCGGCUGUCGAUAUCGAUAGUGGGCGGGCUGCAAGCCAUGAAAACUCACCGAAAUGAGGUC